GCAGUGGGAGAAGAGCCUCACAGCAUGGAUGGCAGGAGGCUUGGCAGCCUCACAGGAUGUCUGCAAAUACCUUUCACUUAUGCAGUUUGACAGUGCAGUGGUGCAUGGAGACAGUGUCUUGGGCCUGGCACCCACAGCCACUUAGGAAGUUGGAGUCCUGGAGAGGAGAACACAGAACGUGGACAACUAGCUGUCAAAUUGCAGUAAAAAGUUGGUUCAGGAAAAGUGGAAGCAACCCAGAUAUCUACAAAUUGGUCACAUUUCAAAGGCCAGAUCUUUCCCAGGGCUUAAGCUGUUCCUUGGAUACUUUUGCUGAUGGUUUACGCAUCUUCUUCCCACAUUAUAUUGUAACUUUCUUAUGA